AUGAAGGCAGCAGACAUCAGAUCCUCUCUGCAGAGACCUCUACAGCACAGAGAUCCACACAUGGCUCCUACAAUCACUGCAGCAAUGACCAACUCUCAGGUGCACCUGCCUCUGACCCACAAGCUCAGGAAGCCUCUGGUGGAGAAGUUACGCAGAGAGAGAAUCAACAGCAGCAUUGAGCAGCUCAAGUCUCUCCUGGAUCCAGAGUUCCUCAAACAGCAGCCAGACUCCAAGCUGGAGAAAGCCGACAUCCUGGAGAUGACCGUUUGUGUGCUGAGACGACUGCAGCAGCAGAAUCGUCAGGCUGUGGACUCAGCAGCUGUUGGACAGGGCUACUCCAGAUGUGUCCAAGAGGUGACCCACUUCCUGCGUGAGGAGCAGGUGGAGACACAGUCCCAGAGAAGACUGCUGAACCACUUCAACAAGCUGCAGUCUUCCUGUGAGAAGAAGCUGAGAGAGGCUGACUUCUCUCCUCUGAGCUCCACAGUCCAGACCAGCAGCAGCAAAGACAAGAGUCCAGUGAGCAGCGCCCCCUGGAGGCCGUGGUAGACUCCUACAGGCUGCAGCUGCUACCAGAGACACUGAGAGGACCACGUUGGUCAAAGAUGACUGGAAAGGAAUUCUUCUCAAUUCUACAAUGUUCUGAAUUUGUUCUUCUGGUUGUACAGAAGUUAUUUUGUCUCUUUUCUUUGAGGAAGAUGAUAUUUCUUGAGGAAAUGACGUCAACUUUAUCUUUCAAGUUGAGAAAGAGAACGUCUUGUCAUGCAUGUUGCAUGAAGCAAAUCUGAUUGCAUCAGCAAUAAUUAUUAUACCUCACUGUGCUUCAUGUUGGUGGAGUGGUGAAAGAUAUGGAUACCAAUGGUAUCUUUGAACUGUUAUUGAUCAUUUUGAUCAAAAACUAAAACUAUUAACUCUUAAUCUCUCGGAUUACUGCAAACUGAUCUGUUAUAAGAUCCAAAUGUAAAUCUUUAGUUUUUCUAAAAGAUUUGUUUAAUGUCACAAUUCUUCUGUGAUACUUUUAUUCCUUUAUUUUAUUUUGGUGUACAAUAUUACACAUUGAUAAUACUUGUUACCUCUCGAUUAGUAUUAAUAAUUAUAAACAAAAAUGUUGUAUUGUUUGUAUUUUUUCUUAUUAUUGAAUUGUCCUCAAUUCAUGUGAAGCUUUGAAAAUGAUCAUUUUUUGGAUCAAUGUGUUUAUUCUUUUAU